AUUAUUGAUUAUUCCAUGAAUCGGUUUUCGAACCUCUUUAGGUUCAUCUUCAGAUGGUUUGUUGGAUGUUACAUCAUUAUUUCUAGCAUAAUGCUGGUCCUGGAUCUGUGACAGUAUCGCAAUGAUUAUUGUUUAUUUUGCAUCCAUAUCGACAGGUAAACAAUAAUCAUGGAGAUACAUUAAAGCCUUUUGCAUCUUAUUGUCACAGAGCAUUAUGCUAUAAAUAAUGAUGUAGCAUCCAGAAAACCAUCUGAUGAUGAACCUGAAAAGGUUCAAAAACCAGUUCAUGGAAUUAUAAAUAAUAUUCAGAAAAGUGAAUGGUUGCAGCUUUAUGUACUUACAUUCAAUUAACAUUCGCGGGUUCUAAAAUAUCUGUAAUGGAUAAGCUUAAUUAAUUUAUAAUGUUUUUACGUAACGCGAUGUGAGGACAGUGUGAACUGGCCGUAGCACAUUGAACAAAGUCGAUAUUAAUUUAUCGAAAGUCAAGCUUGGAGUUGGCAGUGAACAUCACCAAAGGACCAAAAUGUCAUGUUUGUUUUGAUUCGCGGUAUGCGGCGUGUUGAACAAUAACUUGGGAUUUUUCUGUGUGUGUUGUUUUCGAUAUAGUUCGUUGACGGUUUUAAUUGUAAUUUGUUUGUGGUAAUAUGUUAUGAACGGUGCUAACUUACCACACAUCUAAAAUGAUUUGUGAUGAAUCGGAAAACCAGUUAGCAAGAAAGCAACAUAUUCGCUAUUUGCUUCGCCAUCUCGAUAUUCUGCCUUCACGGUUAGCAUAUCAUGAUGCUGCUAGACUGACCAUUUUGUUUUUUGCACUCUCCGGAUUGGACGUUUUAAACGCACUAGAUGAAUUGAGUGAGGAAAAAAAGAAACACAUAAUAAACUGGAUUUACAGUCUUCAGGUCGUACCGCAAGAGACAGACGACAAAGAAAGCUGGAAGCGAUGCGGUUUUCAGGGUUCGUCUACACUAAACUUUUCGCGCGACAGCAGCGAUUGUUCAGGGCCAUAUGUGUGUGGUCAUUUAGCAAUGACAUAUACAGGUCUUGCAGCACUUAUUAUUCUUGGUGACAAUUUGUCUCAAGUGAAUAAGAAAGCAAUUAUUGCUGGUAUAAAGGCUUUGCAACAAGAGGAUGGUAGCUUUUGCGCAACACUUUCCGGCAGUGAAAGUGACAUGAGGUUUGUCUAUUGUGCUGCCUGCAUCUCUUACAUGCUAAAUGACUGGUCUGGAAUGGAUGUAGAAAAAACUAUCUCAUACAUCUUAGAUAGUAUGUCAUAUGAUGGUGCAAUUGGCCAAGGGCCUGAUCUGGAAAGCCAUGGAGGAACUACAUUUUGUGCUGUUGCUGCCUUGGCUCUGAUGGGUGAGCUUGAUAGAAAAAUUAGUCCCAUUCAGCGUUCAAGAUUGAAGAAAUGGUUGCUGAUGCGUCAGGUGACAGGAUUUCAGGGACGCCCAAAUAAACCUGAUGACACGUGUUAUUCUUUCUGGGUUGGAGCUUCAUUGAAGAUACUUGGGGUUUUUAAUAUGAUCUCAUACAAGUCUAACCGAUUCUACAUACUUUCUACACAAGACAGAAUUGUUGGCGGUUUUUCGAAAUGGAUUGACACAACUUCAGAUCCAAUGCACACUUACUUAGGUCUUUGUGGCCUUAGCCUUAUGGAUGAAGAGCUGCUAUUACCUGUUGAGCCCAGACUUAAUAUCACGCAGCGGGCAUUUGCUACACUUAAGAAGAUUCAUGAAGAGUGGUAGAAUGAGCAGCACAAAUUCUGCUUCAUUAUAUGUGUAUUAGCUGUGCUAGACACAGGGGUACCAAAGUCCAAGUGGUGUUCUUUUUGUAUGAUGAUUGGCAUACUGUAAUUUUUUCAUGAAAAGUGCUUGAAUUUUGAAUUCUAUGGUAAGUGCUUUUAGUUUGUGCUCAUGGCUGAUGCCUGUUUUAAAUGAAGCAGUAGCAUUUGCAUCAUAUGUAAACACACAACUGCCUAAUUAUCCCUGAGAUAUUAUAUAGACAAAAUUUCAUGAAUUUAUAGGCUUUUGUGUCUCAGUUUAUUACUGAAGUCACUUGGAACCCAUUUGAACCGAGUCACAUCAGUGACUUCUAUAGCAAAAGACAAAUUUCUGUGAGACAUUUUUGUACUGUGAAAAGAAAAACUGUGUUUACUUCUUUUCCAAGAGCUGCUUUUAUGUUGUUCCUAUGAUGCUGUUUUCCCCCACAGAAAAAGUAAGCAUUGAAUUGAUCAACUGUGAGUUUCAUUUUAUGGUUGAAUUACAAUCUGUGAUACCUUUAUAAUCCUAACAGCCAUGUUAGUUUGUAUAAUGAAAGAAAAGAUUUAAUAGGCAUGUUACAAAAAUCUCUGUAUUCCAUUUAAUUGAACAAUGAUUGUAAUUGGUAUUUAAGAGACACAAGAAAUUUUGAUUGGUUUUAAGCCAUGCAGACUAUUAUCAGUACCUGUAUAACAUUAAGGUAACUAUGAUUUACAUCAGAACACUGCAUAGCUGUGUACAUAGAGCUAUUGCAGUCUCCCAUUGUAUUUAAGUACAUACUUAUGUAGAUGAUGAAACUUACUGAUAAACAGGCAUCUGAUUAUUCUGUGGUAUGACUUUUACAUGGGUAAUUACUUAAGCAGCAAUUUGGUCUGUAUUAGCAUCUGAUUAGUGUCCAUUUGUGGGUGUGAAAUAAUGUUUAUAAGCUUUAUGUAUUUUUUUCCUUUUUCCUCAUUUGUUAAAGGAAGCUUUUUGUAAGCUAUGAGGACAAGAAAACUAAUUAGAUUCUGUCUGCUUCAGUUAGUCAGUAUGAUUCUCAUGAGGGUGCUGAGGAACUGAUAUAAAAGAUUUUCAUUCAUCAAAUGACACACUGUGGACCAUGAGAGCCCAAAGCACAGACACAAAGUUUUGGGAAAAGAGAUGUUUGGAAAAUCAUAUUUAUAGACAAACCACCACUCUCAUAGGUCUGAACUGUUUUUUUAACCAAGUCUCAACUUCUGUUAUUACCUAUGAAAAAAUAAUGUGCCCAUUUUAUGGUUGAAAUAUUAAUUAAUAUUUAGGAUUAUUUUUAUUAUUAAUGUUAAAGCUCAAAAUUUCCAUGUGGAGGGUGUGACAAUAGUGUUGUUUGACAAUUGUAAAGUUUGUAAUUAAUGUGAAACUAGAAUUAGAACAUUUAGAACAGAUAAUGAAUGCACCAUAAACAUAAUUAUGACCUGUUCCAACACUUCAUGUUCCUCAAUAUCAUCAUUGUCAUUAAGCACAUUCUCUAGUUUGACAUUCAGUUAAAACUGCCACUAUUCCCCUGAUUACAAAAUGCUACUGCUAUGUACAUGAUGUAGACACUAAAUUAUGUUGGAAAUGCUAGAUGACACUUGAGCACUGCAGAGUAACAAAAUAAUGUGUUGUGCUUUGGGCCUAUAUGCAGAUGAAUAUCUGAGAAAUGGGUGAGACAUACUUUUAUUAAUCUUCAUGUUCACAAUGUGGGUCUACUGAUAGAGAUAAAGCUGAUUCACCAUAAGAGCAAUAGAUGGCAGGAACAUGCCUACUUGCUAUAAUCUAAAAGUCAGUAACAGUGUGUUUUAGCCCCUUAUGGUUCUCAUUACUUCAGAUGUAAUUAGUUAUUGUGAUUAUGUGCAACAUUUGGUUUGGAAGGUUCAUUAGUUACUAUCCAGAUGCUAUUUCUUAUGUACAGUGUGACAGUAGGUGUUUAAGUUUAUGCAUUCUCUUUACAAUGUAGUUGUGAGAAGUUCUGUAUACAUUACAUCUGGUCAAAGUUAUCAUUGUACAUAGCAUUUUCAGAAAUUAUUAAGCGACAUUAUUCAGUAAAGAAUAUUGUUCAUUAAUAACAUUAUUUUGACAUUUAUAAGUAAAUAUUUCAAUCAAAUUAAAUGUUUGAUAUGUUACCUUCUUUUGCAAGUUACUGAGAAAAAGUAUUUACAUGUGUCACUUCUGCUAUGACCGCAGGGUUCCUAUUUGUUAGUAAUAGACUUGUCCUUUAUGUAUAGACCUAUCUUUAAAUCAAAACCUCACCUCUUUAUUUAACAGGUGCUCGUUGUCAUUUAUUGCAUGUUCCUCUUCAUGAAAUACAAAGCAGUGUAUCCCAUAUAAAUUCAGGAAGGAAAACGGGUAACUGAAGGUUUUUUACAUGUUGUAUAAAGCAUUGUUUUGCUACCUUUGUUGUGAGGAAGUUAACUGAUAAACAAGUUUUAAAAGCUGCCUUGGUGAUUAUUUUGCUUGGUAGUGAUAUACUAAAAUGGUAAAAAGUGAUGAGUGAGUGGAUAAUUUACUGUGUAUGUCAAGGGACAAUAAGUAAUUUACACAUUGACUGGCUUCUGUUGAAGCAUUUUUAGUACACGCACAAUAACUUCAUUUCUUCUGCUGCUUUAAGAGCAUGUAACAUUAGUAAUUGAUGCUAAUACAUCUAUUCAAAAAAGAGGAAAGAAAUUAUUCCAGAACAGUAUUAUUUACAUUUGUGUAUAGCCUUUAAAGAUUUUUGUCUUUCAUAAUCAUUCUAAAAUGUUUUAGUAUUGUGUGUUUUAUUGCUAAGGCUAUAUGAAAAGCUUAUAUUUAUUUGUGUAAAAUUGGAGUCUUACGAGUAUACAUAUCUGAUUUUACUUCAUGUUUGCAUCAACAGGAAAAUUCAGUUGAGAAAACUGUAAAAUUACGAAGUUAAAUCAAGAAAACUUUUGAAAUUAUAAGGAGAUAGGAUAAAUACCUGACCAGAGUUUACCUUCAGAAGGUGAAGUUCAUGUACUCGCUGACAGGAAUAUAUCUCCUUGUAAUAUUAGAGUUACUGUGUUUAUGAAUGAAACUAUAGCACAAAGUGAAAGGUUCACAUAAAUAUAUUACUGUUAUCAAUAACAUACUAUUUUUAAAGUUUUUAUUAUAGGGACCUACAAAAUUGCAUUGGUCAUUUGUAUAAGAAGAAAAAAGCAUAUUUUUGUCUAUUUUAUGAUUUAAGAGUAUUGUGUUGCAUAUGUAACAUUUUCAUGUGGGAUAAACUAUUACAUAGUGCAUAUCUGUGGUGAUACGUAAAUAUUAAGCUUCCUUCCUUUUUUCCCUUCACUAGAUUUGGCCUCAUAACUUUAAUAGCCCUUCUCUUGUUGUGUAUUGGACCUGCACUUCGCUCACUUGAGUUGUGUGCAACAAGAAGUUACAGGACACUUAUUUUUGGCGAGAGUUUGUUUUAAAGUGGUUUUUGUAAGCACCAGUGGGACAGUAACAAAAAUUCAAUGAAUGAGUGAUUAGUAUCAGUAAAAAAUCUUAUGGGUGAUCUGAGAUGUUACAACCAUCAGUACAUUAACUGUGCAAAAUGUACAACAAAUUUAUAAUCAUUGAAAUUAAACAUGCUUUAUGCUAAUAUACACUUAUGGGCACUGUGCAAUUUCACCAAUAUACACAUUUUAAGUCAUGCUAGUUUCCCUACCUCUAUUAAAAAUUUAACUUUGGCAUUUACUCUCAGUUCUAAGGAAAUUCAUUUGACAUCUCUAUUGUGUAGUUGAACUGAUAGGUCCAUGUAAUGCCAAAAUUUGACACUGAAGAAUUUACUCUAGAUGUUUAUGAAGCACCUACAGCUUUUUGUGUAGAUGAUAAGGCAUAUUUUCAUAUUUGUUUCUGAUAUUGUACUUUAGACAUGUCAUACUGUUGGCAGCUGUGAUAGUUCCCCUCUGUGAGUGUCUCACAGUGCAGAACAAAUAAUGAUGACAGUCAUAAUUCUAAGUUUUCAAAAGAUGGGCUUAUGAAGAGGUUCAGAUCCCAUGAUGCAUAUUGUUCACACACCCACAUUUUAUAAUUGAAAACAUUGACUGCAGGUAUUUGGUAACCCCAUACGUAUACAGUGAUAAUUUAUCCAUUUUGCUGUCUGCUGAGCUCUUUGCCAGUAUGGAGUAUGAUAUUUUAUUAUUUUAAGAUAAUAAGAAUAGCUACACAAUGAUAGGUAUCUUUAUUCCUUUGAUUAUUUGUAUUCCAAGACUCUCCAGCAUCAUAUCUGUCUAUUACUUAUGUUAUUUUGGUUUGUUUGUCAUCUCUUGUGGCAAACCAGCAUUGUAUAACAUUUGUAACUCAUUUGAGAUUUGAAACCAACAGUGGACAUACACAAAUAGCUUACCAUAAAAACUGAGCAAUAUAAUUCUACCAUGUUUGCACAGUUUCUCCUUUCUUCUGCUUAAUUAAAUAUCCCGUAAAGUAGACACAAAAUGUUUCUAUGAUGUCACCCAAUAUGACAUAUUAUUGGCCCCUGAAACUCAAAUGCUGUGGUUAUGUAAGUGAAGACUUUAUUUUGUUAUUUAGUGAGAAAUGUGGACCUUAUAUUAUAGAACUAGAAGUUCUUUAAUUUGGGAAAGUUUGCGGGAGUGAGGCUACUCAGAGAGUAUGGAAAAGCAGUUGCUGGUUGUCCACUCGUUUUUUUCUCCUAUGUUCCUCUCGAUUUCCUACUUAGGUCCUGAACAAUCCUUUUCCUUAUUAUAUAUGGUAAUGAAAUCUCCUUGGUAUAGAUAAUAGUGUGUGUAAGUUAACUACUCAUCAUAUUGUUGAGCCAUUCAGUGCUCAAUAGGCACAUAAACAAAAUGGAAAACAUUUCUAAGCUUGUGGAUGAGUCCUCAUACAGAGCUGACUGAAAACACACACACACACCUGCAUUGGCAGUUUCUGGUUACAAUUUCAUAAGGGAGAUUCCUUAGGAAGACUUCAUCCGAUAACUUUAAUGAGAUUAAAAAAAAGUACACUUCCUUCCAUAUUUUAGUUUAGACACAACUUUCAUCAUCUGUAGUAACUGUAACAUAGAUUUCAGGUUUAAAAAGCAUGCAUACAUAGUUUCAUACUUACAAAUAUGAAGUCCCUGAACAUUUGUAUAUGACACCAGAUGAUAGCCUGCUUUUCAAUGAACCCAAAUUCUGGUACACACCUUUACUGCCAACACAUUCUUUUCCUUUCUUCUGUUUUUUAUAACUGUGCUGUUUACUGGUAACUAAAUAUGCAUCGUGCUUGCAAUAGAACAUUAUAAUAUGUAUGCAAAGAAUUGUUCAGUAAUUCCAUUCAGAUUGUUGAGAAAAGGAGCUGCUCUUUUUAUGAACGGUGUGCAAAAGUAUUUAAUGUUAGCAUGUCAUAGUAUGUGGUAUUCACAUUACAGACAAAAUAACUUUUUAUUUGAAAUUUAAAAAAGUGCCUUUUGUUCAACAAAAUGCAGACUUUUUUUUCUGCCUUCAGUCAUUUGAACAGCAGCAUAUGUAUUUUCUUCCAAUCAGUCAAAAGGUGAACAAAGCUAUUCAUAAUGGAAACAGUUGGUCUGUGAAAUUGAAGCCGAAAAUAAAAUUAAAUAACCAUUAAAAGUGAGUCAUGUUUGUGGGAGCUAUUUCUUUCAUUUUUAUCUAUUUUAAAUUUAAGCUUUUGCAGUUAGAAAGAUACUCUUACUCUGAAGAUGUAUUGCCAUUAGUAUCUUUCCAUAUGUACAUAUAAACAAUACUCCAUUUUGGUAAUUAUUUUCAGUGUGUACAUUAUCUGGCUAAUACCUUAGAUUACAAAAACUAUUGUCAAACUAUGGACUAAGGGCAACUACAUCAAAUUUUCAGUUUCCUAAUAAAAUUUCGCAUGAAUGUGAAUUACUACUAUUCAUGCUGUUAUCAAUUAAAGAACUCUGUGUGCCCUCAUUUACUUUGGGUUGGUUGGUACAACAGUUAAAAAGUGUAAGGUAUUGAUAUAUGUAUAGAACACACAUUCAUUUAUUUCACAUGCCAGUUUGCCCUUCUUGUUUAUUUGUGGUCCGUAAUUUCUCUGGUGUUGAAUUUUAAUCUACAUAUGUGGAAUGCCACAUACAACCAUCGUAAGUAGAAUACCUAUUUCUUUCAACAUACUGUUUGUAACAGAUACACAUUCACAGUGUGCUGCAGUGCAGAUGACAUCCACAACAACCUGUCCAUGUAAUAGCAGGUGUGUGUCAUGGAAAUUUGUAUGUAUUAAUUAUUUUGUCUUGCUUUCCAAUAUGCUUGACCCAUUUAAUAUUGAAAUUGCCAGAACUUGUUUGUGUCCUGACUUCAGAUAUUCAGAAGAAUAAUGAAAGUGAUAUAUCAGAAGGAUUUUACAUAAUAACUGCUAAUUAAAAAAGGAAUCACAGUUCUGACACUGCAAACCAAUCACCACAGAAAUGUUUCAAAGUAUCCCUGUCCCAGCCUGUUGUAAUUGUGGUCAACCUUUCAGUUACCAUUCAGCUGAUUAAGUUUUUGACUGGUGGCAAAUGAAUGUGCAAACAAGUUAUUAAAAUUGAGAAGUAUUGUAUUUAUGGGUUAAAUGUUUAAUUUAAUAGUUCACUUUAUCUGGUUGAUGUACCAAAUAAUGUUAUUGACUCUACCAGGGUCCAAAUACUGCUGGUUUCCUUGCCUUAAUUUUUUCUAUUUUAAUUUCAUUUCUUUCUUAUUGUGUUGUGCUGUCAUUAAAUUCACUGCCACAGUUUGAUGUAUGUCAAAUCAAAAUCACAUUUUAGUUUGUCACUUCACAAUAAUUAUUCUCUUAUAAGAUACAAUAUGUUUACUGUUGAAUCAACAUUAAAAAUGGUGUGUGUUACUGCCAAAAAAGGAAAAGGAGGAAGAAACAAAGAUUAGGGAAUAUCUUAAAUAGUUGAAGUUACACAAUUUGUAGUAUUGUUUCUGAGAAGUAAACUGAGGAUUCUUGUUCAAAAGGUUUUGUUCUCAUAUCAUUCAAAAUCAUGUGAGGUGCGAUGAAGUGCAAGAUCAUUUACAUGAACUGUUUGUUACUGUACAUUUGUUUUUUUUCCAAUUAUUAGUGUCAUCAAAAUAGUACUUCAAAUGAUGCAAAUAAGAUUUGUUUAAGAAAUUGUCUGUGGCCUCGAAUCACAGAACACCAAUAUAGCCAUAAUGAUUAUGAUCUAAAUAUUUUGUCAUUUACAGUAUUACUGAGAAGAAAAAUAAAUUUUAAUGUCAGCAAAUGACUGACUGGGGGUGCCUAUAUAACAUAUGCCUGGAGCUUAUAGUCAAAACACCAAAAUGUGAUGCUUCCAUAUAAUACUUGUAAUAUGAUUGUUAAUAUUGUUAUGUGAAAUCCAUCAAAUUUUACAAUUUGCCUUAUAUGAGAGCAAUUUUACACAUGAAUGAAACACCAUCAGCUGUAAGUCUUACCUGUAGAUCUUUUCUUCCUUUUGAAAGAUUUUGUACCAGAGAAUAAAAUGUAAUGUGUAUUCAGUUGCUAAUUGGUUCUGUAUUCAAGAAUCUUACACCCAUGUUAAUGUUGCAUUUUACAACAUUGAUCCUGUAAUGUUAAGCAUUUAUGAAUAUAUAUGUAUAUAAUCAGAA